GCUCGGGCUCAAUUCCCUCCUACACUUGCCGGCCCACCCAACAUCCCUCCAGUAUUCGAGGGUUUGUAGUUCUGUGGACCUGGGCGCUGGGCUCCUCCUCCAGACAAUCCACCCAGAUACAGUACAUUCACUUCUGACAAACUCACCUUUGGCUUGUACUACUAUACACUGUUGCUGCUGUCAACCUCUCGUCCUUGGAUUUGCUCUCUACAAACUACCUGGCCUCAUUCGCAUUGUUUGUUGCAGUUGUCACUGUCCUCAUACGAGCGCCGCCACGAGUACUUGUACUGUUCUUUGUCCUUGAAACACAAACAUCACCCCCACAAAUACCUCUCUCAUUCCUUCCCAAGACAUCCGCCCUUGGACAACUUGCCAGCAACGAGGUAUCCUGAGACAGCUGCAUUACAUCAAAACAUAAGUCCUCCCACCUGCCAUUGCGCAGGUCUGGCUAGGACUCCUGCAGGACCAGGAUGAGCCUUUGAGCAGAGUCGCUGGGGGUUGAUUUCUAUACGGACCCUACAGACUACAAGUAUUCGAAUAACCAUGGCUACGGUUGUAGUCCAACAACAACCCUCCAUUCGACAAUCCACCACUCCUCCUCCUACCAUUACUCUCAACCAACCUCGAUCCUCAACACCAGUCCCCAACAAGCACCUACCAUAUUGUCCUCCAGGACCGGUGCCAUCCCAAUCACAGAUCACCCCACCCAAUUCACCACCACUUAGAAAUGUCGCUCCAAAGCCUACCUCACUCCUCUAUCCUCCGCAGAAUUAUACGAAGCUGUGCAAUUCUCCACCUAUCUAUGGCAUCAGCCCCAAAGCCCUCGCUGAGGCCCUCCAGCAUUAUGCCUCUCAACCACUUCCCAACCCCACCGCCGUCUUCCCUUGGCUCCAUGGCCUUCACCCCGAGAAUGGUAUCCAAAUGGCAUUCUUUGUGGCAAGAAAGAAGUCGCUCCGACGUAUACCAAAAUGCUUGCGUGGCAUCACAAUCAUAAAAGCUGGAGGAGAUCUGAGCCGGUCUCGCAUCAAAGGUGCUGUUGCUCCUGAUGAGAUCCUGAAUUUAUCAGACAGCAAUGGUCGGGGUUUCGUGGAGUGCGACCCUCGAGAGGGAUUCUCCGUGCGCAACUUUCACAUACAGGCGGCAAAGAUGGCUCUUGUAUCGGAUAUUGUUGUUUAUGGAGACGAAGACACGGAUGCUCGCAUCGUCAAGUCCGUCGCUGAAAGGACGGCUGCUGUCCAGAAGAAAUGGCGAAGAGAGCUGGAGAGUAUAGGGCAAUGUCCCGAGGUCUUCAACACGUUUGUCCUCACUCAACGUUUUGAAGACUUUGAACAUGAUCAUCCAGAACUGGUAGCUAUUGACUCCCGGGGCCAAUACCCUGAUCAUUGUUUGGACUUUCUUCAACAAGAGAGACGCGAAAUGUGUGCCAUGUCCAAAGCAUCGGAGAUUUCUCACGGUGUAUAUCAAGGGCCAUCUCCAGGUCCAUACACACUUCCACCGUCAACUAUGGACGAUCCUUCUUUUGAUUUAUAUAUUGAGGCCAGUGACCAUGCAGCUCUCCCCGAUGACAGCCUACUAGCGAGCAAGUUAAAGCAACUCGAGAGUCGACAAGAUGGCGAUAAGCCUGUUCAUAUGGCCUUCCCCAGCUCCGGAAGCAUCUUACCGCCAUCGUGGUCACAGAGCGAAGUCGAUGGCAUCUUGCGCAUGUGCAAAUGGCUAUAUGAGCUCACUCAUACCAUGAAACCCAUCAGCCGCACCCAAGAUGAUGACGGUGACAUCCAGAUGACUGAGUUCUCUGCUCAACCCAGACGAAUACUCUUGCACUGCGCAGAUGGGUACACGGAGACCUCGAUGCUUACGGUCGCCUACUUCAUGUACGCUGAAGGUCUUCCCGUCCACGACGCUUGGAUACGCCUGCAUACCGAUAAGAAACGCAAUUUCUUUGCGUAUCCUUCUGAUGUAGCCCUGUUGAUGGCCAUACAAGAUCGGAUCCUUCAGGAGAGUCCCAAAUUCGCAGGAGAUCCAGAUGUUCCCGAGGUAGAAGCACCUGCGUGGGUUACCAAACUAGAUGGCAGUCUACCUAGUCGGAUUCUACCGUAUAUGUACCUGGGCAACCUAACGCACGCCAACAACCCGGAGAUGCUGCGUCUGUUGGGUAUCCGCCGCAUCCUCAGUGUCGGUGAGCCCGUGUCAUGGUCAGAAGAGCAAGUCAAGUCUUGGGGCCGAGGAAAUCUCCUCAUGGUCGAUCGCGUUCAGGAUAAUGGGAUUGAUGAGCUUUCUCCUGAGAUGGACCGUUGUCUAAAAUUUAUUGAGAAAGGCAAAUCCGAUGGAACUGCUACAUUGGUGCAUUGUCGUGUCGGAGUUAGUCGGUCAGCAACCAUUUGUAUUGCUGAGGUCAUGGCAAGCCAAGGCUUGAGUUUUCCAAGAGCAUAGUAAGUCUAGUAUCCGUACCUUCAUUGUCGAUCAGCUUCCAGUAUCCAACAGAAUCACUAACUAAGAAUUUUCUAGUUGUUUUGUACGAGCGCGGCGACUCAAUGUUAUCAUUCAACCUCAUCUCAGGUUCGUGUAUGAACUGAUGAAAUGGGAUGAGCAGCAGCAGGCGAAGAGGGGGGAGUCUAUUAACAGAGAACUCGACUGGGCGGUUGUUACACGAGAGAUUGCUGCAAUGAACAGGCCUUAUUCGCGUAACUGAGAGAUUCAGUUUUGCUGGGUUUGUCAUCCCCGCCAUGGAAUUGCCUUCUCUUCGUUGUGUGUUUGCAAGAAGGGCGGCUUAGAUGUUCUGAGUUCACCUGUAACUAGGGAAUGGACUGUUUUGUGUGAAUGAUGUGAUGAGGCGAUGAGACUUAUGUUUGUUGAUAUGAUUAUGGACGGAUGUGUACGAAGUAAUGAUGUGAUGAGGUUUUUUGGGGAACAUGGGCUUGGAAUAUCUUAUGAAGUGGGACGAUCCCUCUUGAACACUCGACCAGACGGACCGACGAAAUAUUGAGAAUUGUGGUACUGGCAAGGACUCUAAAGACUUCAGCUCGAUUGCUUUAUGUCUGCACUUGUACGUGUGUGUAUACAUACAUGUGUUUUCUCUGUGUCCAUGUUGGAUGAUUGUAUCGAGACACGAAUAUUUUGUUUUUUGAUUAUUGAAAUGGAAAGAAAAGCGCUUUUCUAGGUGGA